UGUAAAAGUUGCAAUAUUAGUUAUUAAAAUGGAGCCGAUGACACUUGGAAGUCCUACACACUCGCCCUCAGGUAGCCCGAAUGUGGGAUAUCUGCCACCUUUUUUGUUAGGGGAAAUUAAUCCUCCUACUACACCCAGAACCAACAGCCUGUCUCCAACAAAAGGUCGGAAUCUCGCAUUUGGUUCACCCACAAGCCCUACACAAACCUCCACACCAGACCAGAAGCAUUUCCGUCAGAACCUCUCCAUGCACCAGCAGGCCCUGUACAACCAGCAAAACAUGUUUGCCAAUGCUCCCACAUCACCGAACGCAUCAUACAAUCCAAACAUGUCAUACAACCCACCCAAUAUGUCUUACAACAACAGUAAAACCACAGGACCACCUAUAGAAGACUUAUUUGACACAAUUAAGAGUAAUGAACCAUCCGUAAACAAGUCUCUCUUCCAAGAGCAAAGCUUCUACAAUAACUCAGUGUUGCAAAAUUCUUACAUGAACAAUAUGAAUGGGUCUAGCAUGAACCCGGCAGCGUGGGACGGGAGUCAGGAGCAGGAGGAGUACUGGGUGACAGUGUUUGGGUUCCCGCCUAAUGCUGCAAAUACAGUAUUAGCGAGAUUUAGCAACUGUGGUGCUAUUUUAGACAAGCAAUAUCCAACGCAAGGCAACUGGGCGCAUGUGCGAUAUGCGACGCGAGCUGAGAAGGAGCGCGCCAUGUCGCUGAGCGGGCGCCAAGUGUUACCCGGAGUCAUGGUCGGUGUGGCCGAGUGUCGCGAGCCGCCGAGACAACCUACCAGUCCUCAAGUCGCUAGACAAACCCAAGGCGCCCGCUCUCUGUGCCCGACGCCCGUGCCGUCGGCACCGGUACCACAGCGCUCCAACGGGCUCAUCUCUAAAGCCCUAGACUAUGUACUGGGCUGGUGACAUCUGGACGCUGUCAGCCGACUCAAGAUUAUGAUAGACUAUGAACUGUGGACUUAAAACGGUCACGUAACGUCCAUAAUAAUACCCACUCCCUAAAGCUCCAUGAAAGGGGAAAUCUCCCUAUAAAAGUCCCUAUAUCCUCUUUAGAUAUGCAAUUCUAAUUGAUUUUUUUAUCAUUUCUGCCAAUAAGUGAAAUGGAACAGUUCAAGGCUAAUAGCACAGUAUAAGGACGACUCAGUAGUUCUCUCCGGCAGUGGCGAAGCGAAAGGUACCUACUGCGUUCGAAAGCACGUGGUUGAACAAAAUUGCUAUAAAUGUUACUUGACAUGGUCCAAAGUAAGAUGUUGUUAUCUAAUAUUAUUAAGUAUUAUUAAUGUGGUAUUAGUGUAAUAAUACCACAUUACAUCAGUCAGAAAACAAACAAUCUCAUUAUGCAUGUAAGUGACCGUCCACACCAGAGCGUUGCAUGUCUCGGGGCGCGCAACGGACGUCCGCGCCACGCCGCCUCAGUGUAA